CUGGUAUACCUUAUCCAAGUUUUUAAUCCUGCUACUCGUACGAAAGCAGGAUAUAGAAGGAGGCUUUUGAUUAUGGAUAGAUACUCUAGCCAUAUUAAUAUAGAGUUUAUUCGGACAUAUAAUUGGCUUAAAAUUCUACUUCUUAUUUUACCC